CAACCUUUUGCUUUGACUUACAAGUCUCUUCCAUAAAAGGUAACGCGUGUACACCUCCGUCCCGUCCUCCCUCCCUCAAAAGCAACACUUCAACUCAGUUUCAUCAAUCCACUCUCGUCGAUUCCCGAGUCGACGACGCAUCUAUUGCGGCUUUCUUCCUUUCCUUUCUUUCUACUCCCUCCUCUAGCCUUUUCCACCGCCAGAAACUGAUAAAUGCGCCAUUACCGUGGCUGCCUCCGAGCUUGGGACAACCACCACAACAAUCUCGUAGCCAUGGCGACUCUCAUCAACGUCAAGACGCUCAUCAAGCUCUUCUUCACGGCCUUCCUCUUCUUCUCCCUCCUCCUCAUCAUCUCCGCCGUCGUCGCCCUCCCUCCCAGGUCCCCGCCGCCACGCCCGCAGCCGCCGCUCCGAUUUCACCCCCCGCGCGAUCAGUUGGCCGUCCACCGCCAUACGACGACGCAGCGCAGCCGCAGCACCACUACCACUCCCGCCGCCGCAAAGCGAGAUCACCAGGCGCGUGAUCAUACUCGCGAUCCGGCGGCGGAGGCGCAGUACCAGGUGUUCCACAUCAAGAACGCGACGCCCUUCUUCUUGGACGGCGAGUCGGGGACACGUGGAGGACGCCGCGGGAUUGGGAGCGGUUACAACCACCGCCACCACCACCACAAGCGCAACCAACGGGCCAAGACGGGCAGCGGGAGGACGUCGUCGUCGGGCAUGAUGAAGAAGACGAGGAUGAAGAUGACGUCGACUUCCGGCAAGAAUGACGACGUCAGCAGGAGGGGAUCGGCGAGGCAGUUCUCCGUGAUGCUGCCCAAGGGCUUCGUACCUCCCUCGGGGUCGUCUCCUUGCCACAAUGCCAAACCCGACGAAUCCACCAAGGGCGCCGCCACCGCCACUUCCUACUCCUGCCGUCUCUCCGCCGCUGAACCCUAGCGCCGUCGCCACAUUAAUUCUUCUCCAGGUCGGUCGGUCGGUCUGUCUCGGCCGAAACUAAUUUUGGCGGCAUGCAUGUCUGAUCACGGUGACCUAAUCGUAAUUUUGCUGCUCCAAAACCCUAAACCAAACAAAUUGUUUUUUGUUUUUGCAUUUCUUCCUGCCGAUUUUCAGUACUUUUCCUUUCUUUUGGGGCGUGAGAUCGAUGGUGAUAUGAUUGACGCCUGAUAUUCAGAUCUCGGUUUAUCGCCAUGGAUCUGACUGUAAAGGUGCAGGCAGGGUUGACCGUGUAAUUAGGACGAACGUACGAUUUUGUUUUCUACACUGCUACUGGCAACGACGAGUACUUCUAUGUUCUGUGUGUAAUACAUGUGUACUACUGCUGCUGCACUGAGUUCCUUGUUAUAUUUUUGGAAAGGAAAGCUGAUAUAAGUCAUGUUGUGCACAUAAAGAAAGAUACAUAUAUAUAUAUAUAUAUAUGUGUCAGUCAGUGGAGUACGGAGGGGAAGGAAGAAAUGUAUGUUGGGUUAUUGAAUGAGCUUGUUGUGGUUUCUUGUUCUAGGGGAAUUAUUGUCUCUGCAGAGUGGCGAUUUGAGAAUGAACUAGAUAGGAAGGGACGUCGAAGAAGAAAACAUUAUAAAUUGCGAAAUCGGGGGGUGGGAAAUAGAGGGGACACGUGAUGGUUCCGGCAGGCAGGCAGCAUUUGGUAAGGGAGUAUUUGGUGGGACGGGGUAAUGGUUAUGGGACAUUUCCGUAACGUGCACUCAAAUGUUUGCGAUCACAUAAAUAAAUAGCGCUCUGAUCUGCUACAUAUAUGUAGAGCACUUGAUGAGUCCUCGAAUCAAUAAGGUACAAAAAUGCUACAAAAGCCAACUGCAUGUCCUUCAAACUUCCAGCCUGCCUGCACAGGGACACCCUGGUUUUGGACGAUGUUUCUCGGCACACAAGUUGGGUGGUGAAAAAAUGGUACAGCAUUCAUGUCACGGAUUUUUGUUUUCUCGUAAUUUAUCGAUUCUUUAUACAAAUCAACUAAAUAGUCUGUUUUUUUAACACAACUAAUCAAAUCAACCAAUCUUUUCACUUAAUCUUAUUGAUCAAUCAUGCCAUCUCAUAAAAUCAUUCAUCAUUACACAAUUAUAGUCUAGUCAAAUAUUUCAAUCCCAUAAAAGUAAUUCUCGAUUGAUUUAGUUGAAAAUAUCUAGUUUAUGCCAAUUACUUUUUGCAUAAGUGCCAAAAAGAUUUUUUUUUAUUUGGCUGGAAACAUGUAAAAAUUAUUUAAUUUUCUUUGGAUCCCUGUGUCCAUUGUACGUUGGAGAAACCCAUAAUCAAUCAAAGGAGGCCCUAACCAAAAACAAAAAAAGUAGCUUAGAGGCUUUUAACUUGAAUGGCAAGGCAAAAUGGAAGCCCAGCCCACAAAAGAGCAUUGCAGUUUUGUGGUAACUAGCACCAAAGCCUACGCUGCGCGGCGGGUCGUGAAUUUAGUAACGGGAUUUUUCAAAAAAUAGCAUCAUUAUUUUAUUUUUUUUACAAAAAUAGCACCCAACUCACAGAAAUUCCAAUAAUAGCACCUUUAUUUUAUAACCGCACGUCCAAGGUGCGGUUUAUAUGUAAACCGCAUCCCGAGAGAGCAGUUUAAGGUUGGGCCAAAACCGCAUCUUAGCCGUGCGGUUUUGUGUCUGACCUAACAGAACCGCAUGGCCUAGGUGCGGUUCUUUGGUUGACCUAGCAAAACCGCACGUUGAGGAUGCGGUUUUAUUUCUCCAACACAAACCCACCCUCAACUUGCGGUUUUGUCCUUGCCGACACACAAACUGCACCCUCCCCCAUGCAUUUUGUGUGUCCUCCUCAUUUUCCCGACAUCCACCAUGUUGCCAUGCAGGUUGACAGACGUGGGGUUGCAUGGCAGAUGAAAACCGCACCCCCCCCCCCCCCCAUGCGGUUUUCAUUGAUGAUUUUGCCUAUUAAAGGCAGACCCGGGAA